AUGGGCGAUUUAUUUGAUAACUUCUUUACUAAAAUAGGAACUGCUAUGAACGGUGGUAAGUCUCAUCCACAUUACUCUGGAUCUUCCCAAGUCAAUGCAGGACCUUUCUACAACUAUCACUCUUCAGCAACCAACAAUAAGUAUUGGUUACCAAGAUCUGACAUGAGAAAUACAAUGGAAAAGUUGGAUAAUACCAAUAACACAUUAAGGCAGAAUUCUGUUGGUUCAUAUGAAUCAAUGGAUGGUGAAAAGAGUAGAAACAAUAGUGUAUCCUCAGAAAAUCUUGAGUAA